ACCGAUCAGCUCAAAGGAACAAAAGUUUUAGAGAAGAUAAUACAGAAGAUAACAUUACUGAUGAUGAGUCUAAUCUUUUGGAAGAACUUCAAAGAGCAAAAGACAUGCUGACAACAAGUGAAUUAGAAUGUCAAUAA